AUGCUAGCGCUCUGGUGGCUAUCCGCUGCCGUCUCGAAGCUGCCAGAGAGCCGCGUCGCCACCACAGAAGCCUGCGACUCGGCGGAGCUGCCGGCGCCGGCUGUCGUCGUCGGCGGCGCAGCCGUUGAACCGCCGAUUUCGGAGACCAUCGAACUGAGAGACGGACGGACGGUGGCGCUCCGCACGCUGCACGCCGAGCUGCAGCUGACGUAUGCGCACGGGCUGGUGGCGGCGGAGGAACUGGAGGCGCUGGUGCGUCUGGCCGAGAGCCGCGGAGGCUUCCGCCGCAGCCCGCUGCGAAGGCAGCACUCGGACGGCGUAAUAAAGGACGACAUCCGCAACUCGUCCUCGUGCCCGCUGCUGUGGCCGAUGGUCUACGCGGGUCGGGCGCACGAGGUUGCGGCGGCGGCCAACGGCGCAGCCCUGCUCGAGGAGCUCUCUCUCGCCACGCGCAUCUCCGAGCGCGUGGCGGACCUCUUCUCGCGGUCCGGCAUGCCGACCACCGCGGCGCACGUCGAGCCGCUGCAGCUGGUGCGGUACCAGGCGUCGGAGCUCUUCGGGCCGCACCACGACUACCACGAGUCGCCCUCCUCGAGCGUGCAGGGCGAGCAGCGCUCCUUCACGGUGCUGCUCUUCGGCUCGACCCUGCCGCCGGGCUCGGGCGGAGAGACCCGCUUCCCGCUCCUCGACGUGUCGGUGUCGCCGCGCACGGGCGACGCGCUCAUCUGGGCCAACCUGCUCGACGACGGCACGCCGAACGUGCGCUCGCUGCACGAGGGCCGCCCUCCCGCGAGCGGCGAGAAGCUGGCUGUCAACGUGUGGGUCGCGGACCGGCCGUUCGACAGCAGCAGCGACUUGGAGCGCGCGGUGCGCACCUGA